CUUGACGUCGCUCCCGCCAUCUGGCAGUUCUGAACUGAACCAGACUUGAGAACGGCCACGGAUACAACUACAACAGAACAUGGCGGCAUGUCAUCAGUGUCGUACUCUGGUGGGGCAUACAGAGAGGAAAAAACUCAGGGCCUAAGACACGCCCGGAAACAAGCACAAGCAGGGCAGACCAAGUACGCAUUGAAGACAUCUGAGGACUCCUUCAAACUGAAUGUGCAGCAAUAGACGACUUAUCAUUUGUUGAGCCAGUACUUCCACUUGUAUAUAGGGCUUUCAAUCACAGUUCUGAACCGAAGGUUCUUCUGGUCAAGACACUGCAUCCUCAUAUCACCUCGUGAUUACUAGCCUACUACAGAUUUUGAAAGUUGUAGCCACCAGGUUGCACCUGUACAAACUAUUGUGUGUGAGUGCAUUGUAGUAACAGUCCAAAGCAAAAAAAAAAAAGAAAAAAAGUAAAAAAAGUAUUUAAAAAAAAAAGAAACCCGAAAACAUUGUGUGAUGUCUCUUAAUCCUCAGUGGAGUCCAUUCCAGCCGCCUUUGAACUCUGAUCUAGACACAAGUGCAAUACUAGAUUUGAAACUGAACCAAGCCAGUAAUCGGAAUACGUCCAUGAAUCUGGGAACCCUUGGUAGUAAGGCACCAGGAGGGUUGACAGGGCGCCCUCAGGCACUUCUUUCACAAGUGGGCUUAUUUGGAACAGGAACUGUGACAACAUCAUCCAAUUUUUUGAGCAACAGCAGUGCUGCUUCAACACUUUUUUCCAACAAUGCUGGGGUGAUUGGAAGCAGUUCAACUUCGAACUCCCUCUUUGGAAUUGCUCCUACUAUAACCACACCAUCAUAUAUCAACUUCCCAAAAGGAAUCAGUGGAAAUUCAGGCUCUACCCGAAGUGUUGGCUCACUGGGUUUGAAUGGAUCCAGCAAUGGUCCUGGAUUUGGACCAACAGGAGGGAAUGCUGGAUUGGGGAUUGGUCUCAGCAAUGGAGCUUCAACCAAUAACAGUUUGCUCUCCAUGGUCCCGAAUCAUGCUCGAAAUGUUGCACUCUCAUCGCUAAGCAGCAAAAGCAAUAGUCAACUUAUAUCAUCCUCUGCAUUUGGACUUGGGAAUUCAGCCAAUUCUUCCCCAACAAACCUCCUUAGGAAUGUGAAUGCUGGUUCUGGCCUGUCUAGCCCAUUCAGUGGAAAUUCAUCUUCAUUCUUCUCAGAACGUCCUACCAGCUCCCGGGUCUCACCUAUCCCAAAUAAUCUGAUGGGAGCCAUUGGUCGGGAAUCACCAGGACUUUUUCGUUCCCAGAGUCAACCUGCAUCUUCAUCCCCUCCAGGAGGAGACAUCUUUAGCCAGGCUGACAUGUUUUUCCCUGACAGCAUGGGAAAUUCAGGCUCUAAGAUGUUUCAGGGAGGAACUUCUUCAUCCAACAUGUUCAAGAACAGUGGAAGCCAUUCCUUGUCAGGAAACAAUGAUCAAGGCAACCAAGGCCUUCGAGAGACUGGCAUAAUUGAAAAGCUUCUGCAUUCCUAUGGGUUCAUUCAAUGCUGUGAGCGCCAAGCACGCCUUUUCUUCCACUUCAGCCAGUUUGAUGGCAAUAUAGAACACUUGAAGAUUGGUGAUCCUGUGGAAUUUGAGAUGACUUAUGACCGGCGUACAGGAAAGCCUAUUGCAAGUGCUGUGACAAAGAUUUCAUCUGAUGUCUUGACUCAGCAGGUGCUCGGAGAAGAACGUGUAAUGGGAACUGUGACUACAGCCAUUCUGAACGAGGGAGAAUCAAAUGAAGUUCAGGGUCGCAUCAGUUAUGAGAACCGAGGGGAAUGUUUCUUCUUACCCUAUGGCAAGGGUGAUAUUGAGGGCAAUGUCAACCUACGACCUGGUGACAAAGUCAGCUUCCAAAUUGCAACUGAUCAAAGGACCGGAAACUUGGCAGCCCGCUGUGUGCGACUGGAAGAUCCUGCACAGCCAGUACGCUACCAAGGUGUUGUAUGUAGCAUGAAGGACAACUUUGGCUUCAUUGAACGUGGUGAUGUUGUUCGAGAGAUCUUCUUUCAUUUGACUGAAUGUAAGGGAGAAGUAAAGCUUGGACAAGAUGUGGAAUUCUCAAUCCAGACUCGAAAUGGGAAGGAAGUUGCCACAAACAUCACCCUUCUGCCAGCAGGAACAGUCAUAUUUGAAGAUGUGGAGGCAGAGACCAUAAAAGGUCAGGUGCUAAAGACAGUGGAGAAGGGUGCAAUGCGCCAGCCCAAUGAACCCCUGUCUGGACGCAUUCGAUUUCGAGGGAAAGAUCGAUCAGAAGUGGAGAUUCAGUUUGGGGAGCGUGACAUGAAGGGUGAAUUUUCCCUCCGUCAUGGUGAUUGGGUGUGUUUCAACAUCGCAACUGAUCGGCGGGACAAACUCCAGCGAGCAACCAAUAUCUCUCUUCUGGAUGAGUCUUUCGUUGUAUCAGGAGAAAAGCGAGAACAAGGCAUCAUUUCAACUCUCAAGGAAGACUUAGGAUACAUCAAGUGUGUUGAACGAGAAGCGAAUCUGUUUUUCAAUGUGAACGAGGUACUUGAUGUCUCCCAGAAGCUGGCUGUUGACAACGAAGUUGAAUUCACGGUCAUCCAGGACCCAAGCACACCCAAUCGACUGAUGGGAAUUCGAAUCAAGCCUCUUGCACAGGGCACAGUGAAGUUUGACACCAUUUUAAAGGAAAGCGUCAAUGGGAUCGUAUCUCGUGAAGCUCAGGCUACUCCAGCUCCAUUUAAAACCUCUCAACCAGGUUCUCCCACAAAUAGCCCAGAUCUGAUCAUCUUGACUGAUGAGACACCCCCUGCUGAUUCAUCUGGCCUCAUCACAUAUGAGAUUGAAGGCAUUCAGGCCAGCAUCCCAUAUUACUUCAAAGAUUGCGAAAUUCGCAGCAUUCCUAAGCUUGGAGAUAAAGUUGAAUUCUCUGUCUCUCAGUUGAAGAGCACAAAACAAGUGUUGGCAGUUAAUGUUAAGGUCAUUGUGCCUGCUGUUGUCAAGAAUGGUCUUGUGAAAGGCUGUGUUGGACCCUAUCAUGGUUUUGUGGCUGCCCUCAAAGAUGGAUUUGGGUUCAUUGAAACUUCUGCUCAUGACCGAGAAGUCUUCUUUCACUUCAGUAAUUAUGAGGGUGAGCCUGAGAACCUCGAGUUGGGUCAGGAGGUGGAGUACUUGGUGAAUGCCAAGAGCCAGGCAACAGGAAAGCCUUCAGCUGAGAGUGUGAAGCCACUGUCACCUGGCACAAUACCUUCACCUGAACUUCAACCUGAAGUCUUGGAUGGAAUUGUCAUCCGUCCUGUUCGCUCAAUGAACCCUGAUCAAAGCGAAUAUCCGGGAUUGAUUCAAGUUGGCAUGGAUGAGAAUGGAGAGACCUACACAUAUGAGUUUGGCAUCACAAGCCUUGUGAACAAGAGGGAAAUCCUGCAGAAAGGUGAUCCUGUCCAAUUUCAGCUUGAGGUUGGUGCAGAACGUGUUGGCAACCUUCGUUCUUGCCGCAAGAAACUACGUGCCACUGUUGACUCUAUCAAAGGCCAGUUUGGGUUCCUGUCCCAUGAGAUGGAGGAUGGGAAAAAGCUGUUCUUUCACAUGUCUGAGGUCAAGGACAGUGCCCCCCUGCAGCAAGGUGACCAGGUUGAGUUUUUCUUGGUCAUCAAUCCCCGCAACAAGAAAUCCUCUGCCUGCAGUGUUGUUAAGAUUGGGGAGAUGCAACGGCCAGAGCGGCUGAUAACAAAGCUGCGCAGUCUGAAUGUGGAUGAUCAGGGUCGUCGUAUGCUUGUCCUUCGACAGCCCAAGGGACCAGAUGGAACCAAGGGGUUUGCUGUGCCCCGAACGCCCGUCAACUAUGCUUCCACUGUGUGAUGCUGAUUUUAUUGUAUUUUUUUCCUUCAUCCUUCUCUUCCUGUCUCUCCUUACAUUGAGACGAGUCUGGACCGAAAUAAUUCCUAGCAAUGACUCUUGCUCACGCCUUGGUCUGUACCCGCCUCCUUCUGUCAUGCAACAUUGUUGUAUCCUUAGUCUAGAUCAGGUCUACUUAGCAUGGUAUUUGUUUGGUUUUUUUGUUUGUACACUUCUCUGCGCUGCCCCCAUUUUCCUUUUUUAUGUUACCAGCAUUCAAGUCGCUAUUUGUAUUAGCUUAAUUAGGGUUUUUCCUGUCUGCGUUUGUUUCUUCCCUGUCCUGAAUGAGAGAGGCUGAUGGCGUGAUGGCAUGUAUGUAUGUGUGCGUGCUGAUUAGCUGAAAGAACCUAUGACAUAACUGUGUUCACUUUGGUCGUGUGGUGUCAGAAACAUGUAAACGCGUUUCAACCUCUUUCCAAUGUCGAAAACAACUGUGAAAGAGAUUGAAAAGAUUGAACCUGUCUGUGAGAAAACUCCUGAAGAUACAUACCCCAGGUCUGAUCUGUGAUAUUCGAGUACAAUCUCCCCCUCUUUCUGUCUCUUGUCUCCCUCCCCUUUAUUCAUUUUCAUAUGUCUCCCUCCUCCUCUUAAUCUUUUUUUUAAAAAUCUUUUGUAAUUUGAAAGGAGUUGAGGGAAAUUGAGCUUAUGGAAAAAGCAAAUUCUGAAAACGAAGUCAUCGAGAAAAGCCUUCGUUCUCACACUGUUCUAAACUAUCUUCUCUUCUCAGCCUUUUUUUUUCCCCCGACAUUCCAACCUUGAUUGUCAUUUUUUAAGACUCAUCUAGUCAACGUGAUCAGGAUGCGAGACAAGGAGAAAAGGAAAACUUCGUCGUUGGAACCAAAAUGCAACAGGAAGUAUCUUCAGGAUUAAAUUAUAUUUCAUUGUUGAGGCAUAAUCCUUGUUCGACUUCUCCCCUUCUCAUUUUUGUCAGAGUGCCUGGCUGUUUAUUUUUUUUUUUUUUUGGGGAGUGACAGGUGUUUGUGUGAGUGUGUGUGUGUAUGCUUCCCCCUGCCCCUGUUUCUUUGGCUUUUUUUUUGGAUUCUCGUGAUGAACUUUGCAACGGUGGCCAAUUGUCUCCUAGGUGGUGCUACACUUCGCAUUUAAUCCAAAGAUUGUUCGUCAGUUCCCCCCCUUCCCUCUUGCUCUGUCUUUGUGUGACUCUUGGUCUCUGCUCUUUCAGUGAAAAAAAAAGAAAAAAAAAAGAAAUGGAAAAAAAAAACAAAAAAAUGGAACAUGGAUGAGGGAAUGAAAGGGCUUUUGUGUCUCGUUACCCCCGCAGCGUUGAACCAACUAUGCAGUCUCUCACAAUGAGUGUAUUCCACCUGUUUGGUUGUACAUAGAUCACCUGUAAAGAAGAAAAGGGAAAAUAUCCGAAAAAAAGCCUUGCAGAACACUGGAAUACAUUUUUUUGUUUUGCUAGGGUGAUGGUGUCUUGUAUUGCACCAUAGUCGUUCACCAUUCUAGGAGCCAGGCAAGUAUGUGACUUGUGUUUUUUUUCAGUGUGUGCGUUUUUGUGGGUACUUCCCUGGUAACCAUAGCAACUGCCCUCAUUUCCUCUUUCUCUUUCUCUCCUUGCUUCUUCAAGCAAGCAGGGCCUUGCCUUAUAGUUGCAAGAUGCAAUUUCUCAUGGCCUUCCAUGGAAACUCUUGUCAUAUAGUGUGUGUGGUAGCAUGCUUGAAAUUGAUAAUGAAGAUGAUAAUGAUAACUGGCAGAGCUUUCUCUUGCAAUUUCAAUCAGACGCUCACAUGACCGGUUGUCCCGCUUUUUCUCUGUCCUUGUGAUUUGUGUCCAUUCCUGGAACAGCGGACAUAUCACUUGACAAAGUCAUACCCUUGUUGUGGAAUUUCCUCCCCCUUCCCUCCCUUAUGUUCCAGCCAGUUGAUAUUUUUCACAGCGGGUAUGACUUGAAGAUUAUUAAAUGCUUGUUGUACAGUAAAAGCAGUCUAUGCUGUACAGAUGCUGUAUGAUAAGUUACUGUAGAAAAUAAUUUUUGCCCUUUUCUCCCCACUGGAUUGUUUUGUUUACUUACACUGCUGUAGUAAUGCUAGUGAAUGAAUCAAAGUCUCAUUCUUGCCUGUGAGGGGGUUUUGAGUGUGAAGGAGAACGUCCAUUCGUAAUAGACCAACUGUGAUUCUGAGAACAGAUCAACGUUUCCCUCUUUCUAUCUCUUACUGUCGAUAUUUACCUUUUUUUCCUGGUUUUUUUUUAUUGGAGAAGCUGUGUCUUGCCAGGGACAAAAGGUGCAUGUAUGUAAUUAAAUUACCUUGCCUCUACCUUGAUGUGCUAUUCAAUUGUGUGUUUGCAUUUCUAUUUCUGUCUCUCUCUCUCUCUCUCUCUCUCUCAAGUUGCUAUGGUUCCCAGUCAACUUUUGUGAUCAAGCUUUGUAAGUACCAUGUUAUCUUAGAAUAAAGGCAACUGCAAGUG